AUGGAUUUCCCUACACAAGCUAGAACAGUUCAAAAAACUCUUAUGGCUUCCAUAUUGCUGCUACUUGUAUUGUUGAUGCCUGCCCUGCAAAUAACAGGUCAUAUUGGGGAAGGGAGAUUCGAACAUAGGACCUCGGAUGCAAGGGUGACUACUCUUAACUACUUGAGUGCACAAUCUGUUGGUGUUUGUUAUGGACGAAAUGGCAACAAUUUACCAUCCGAAACAGAAGUCGUUGACUUGUACAAAAGCCAUGGCAUUGGAAGAAUGAGAAUUUAUGAACCCAAUGAUCCAACCUAUCAAGCCCUUAAAGGUUCCAACAUAGAACUCACCGUGACCAUCCUCAACGACAAGCUUCAAGGCCUCACUAAUGCUGCUGCUGCAACAGAUUGGAUCCAAAAGAAUGUACUAGCCUUCCCUGACGUCAAGUUCAAAUACAUCGCGGUUGGGAACGAAGUACAACCCACCGAUCCCCAGAGCCAGUAUCUCCUCCCAGCCAUCCAAAACAUUCAUAAUGCAAUUGUAGCAGCCAAUCUGCAAGGCCAGAUCAAAGUCUCAACAGCAAUUUACACAACCCUUGUGGACAAUGCCUACCCUCCUUCAGCUGGAAAAUAUAGUGAUGCUGCAAAGUCAUUCAUAACCCCAGUUAUCAACUUCCUAGCCAGCAAUGGGGCCCCUCUUCUUGUCAAUGUGUAUCCUUACUUCAGCUACACUGAAAAUCCUGCUCAAAUAGAACUUGCCUAUGCCUUAUUCACCUCACAAGGGAUCACGACGCCCGAUGGUGUAAAGUACCAUAACCUGUUUGAUGCUCUUUUGGAUGCUCAGUACUCGGCUCUUGAGAAAGCCAAUGCUUCCAACGUGGAGAUCGUCGUGUCGGAGAGCGGCUGGCCAUCCAAAGGUGGUUAUGCUGCAACCCCUCAAAAUGCACAAACAUUCUACCAGAAUUUGAUCAACCAUGUGACAGGUACUAGUGGGACUCCGAAGAGGCCUGGAAAAGCUAUAGAAACUUACCUUUUUGCCAUGUUUGAUGAAAAUAUCAAGGCCGGUAGUGAAGUUGAGAGACACUUUGGUAUUUUCAACCCCACGAAAAUUGUACAAUGCGCCAGGUGCAUGGAUGCGCCAAUUAUGUGGGCCAUUGGAUGA